UCCUACCUCAGAGAAACGUUUCACUGUACACAGACAAGAUGGCAGCGUCUGUGGAAGACGAAUUUGAAGAUGCGCCUGAUGUAGAGCCGUUAGAACCAACACUGAAGAAUAUCAUCGAGCAGAAAUCUCUAAAGUGGAUAUUUGUUGGUGGGAAAGGCGGUGUUGGGAAAACCACAUGUAGUUGCAGUUUGGCUGUCCAGUUAGCAGCAGUCCGGGAGAGUGUCCUCAUCAUCUCCACAGAUCCCGCCCACAACAUUUCUGACGCUUUUGAUCAGAAGUUUUCAAAGGUUCCUACAAAGGUCAAGGGAUAUGACAACCUCUUUGCAAUGGAGAUUGAUCCCAGCCUGGGUGUGGCAGAGCUUCCUGAUGAAUUCUUUGAAGAAGACAACAUGCUCAGCAUGGGCAAGAAGAUGAUGCAGGAAGCCAUGAGUGCCUUCCCUGGCAUUGAUGAGGCCAUGAGCUACGCAGAGGUCAUGAGGUUAGUAAAAGGAAUGAACUUCUCAGUGGUUGUGUUUGACACUGCCCCCACUGGCCACACUCUGCGACUGCUUAAUUUCCCCACCAUUGUGGAGCGUGGACUUGGUCGGCUCAUGCAGAUCAAGAACCAGAUCAGUCCGUUCAUCUCUCAGAUGUGUAACAUGCUGGGUCUGGGUGAUAUGAACGCAGACCAGCUCGCCUCCAAACUUGAAGAAACUCUGCCUGUCAUUCGCUCAGUCAGUGAGCAGUUCAAAGACCCAGAACAGACCACCUUCAUUUGUGUUUGCAUCGCUGAGUUCCUGUCCUUGUAUGAGACGGAGCGGCUGAUCCAGGAGCUGGCCAAGUGCAGCAUCGACACGCACAACAUCAUCGUCAACCAACUGGUUUUCCCUGACGGGGAGAGGCCGUGCAAGAUGUGUGAAGCCCGUCAUAAGAUACAGUCCAAAUAUUUAGACCAGAUGGAGGACCUUUAUGAAGAUUUCCACAUAGUCAAGCUGCCGCUGUUGCCCCACGAGGUACGAGGAACAGACAAGGUCAACACCUUCUCUAAGCAACUCCUGGAACCCUACAAACCUCCAAACAAGUGAUCUCCCUCUCUUCAGGACUCCCUCGUCACCUCCUCCCCCACACUCUGUACCCACUCUCUUCUGAGCUGCCUUCUCCCAAAAACUAGCCUCAAACUCUGCAGCUGAGACAGGCGAUCCACUCAGAUUCCACUUAGAUCUGGUAUUAACAUCUAACCUGAUUGAUCUGAUGACAUGGGAAUGACUCCCGACUGCUCUUUAGAAUCCCACAAACAAAAUUUAGUGUUCGCGUCCUGACCCAUUUAUUGCCGCCGCUUCAGCAAACCUUUUGUAACUCACAAUGAACCCAAGUCGUUCCUCCUCUCAGGGCUCCUGUGUUCAUUUAUUUUUUAGCCAUGGGCAAAUUAUUACAUCUGAUCAAUACCUGAAAUUGUUUUUGCAAAUAAAAUCUCAUUUCACCUUGAUGUUUUUUCAAGCUUUUCGUGCUUGCUUUGAUUCAGCGUUUUAUUUAACUUUUUCUUAAACCUACUUGUUCCUGGAAACACUUCUGAACAUGUUGGUACAUUUUUUACUCAUUGUGACUCGAUAGAAAUCAGGGUUAAAUACACAGAAGGACUGUAAUCCACAUACUCUAAGGGCAGUGUGAGGUGGAAGCAGUCAGUUGUGAUCAGGUCUGUCAGGGUGGAGGUUGAUACCAGGUCUAAAAACAACAUUAAACAUAAAUAAAACUUGGGCUUAAGGAUCCGGUUUGAAAGUAUGAAGUGAAGCUUCAGGAUCAGAUCUAAUGUUGGUCUAAGAAUAUUUCCAGUUAUUGUACUGUGUGUUUGUCUGUUCUGUGUUUGACUUCAUAAACGAUUACUUCAACACAAGCCCACCCCCUCACCUAUAAAGGCACUACAUACGACCGACAGAUUCAAGGUGUGAUUACUAGAGGGGAUGACACCGAGAAAACAACAGAAAAAGAUGUCCCCUCGUCUUUAGAAACAUUUCCUUUUGACCAAGAACAACUUUCUUUUUGCAAUAAAAGCAAACAUGAAGUCUGA